AUGCUGGGGCUGGAGGUGCUGGAGCUAGAGGUCCUGGCGCUGGAGGCGCUGGAGCUGGAGGCGCUGGAGCUGGAGGUGCUGGCGCUGGAGGUGCUGGAGCUGGAGGUCCUGACGCUAGAGGCACUGGAGCUGGAGGCACUGGAGCUGGAGGCACUAACGCUGGAGCUACUGGAGCUGGAGGUGCUGGCGCUGGAGACGCUGGAGCUGGAGGCCAUGUGCAGCAGCGUGAGCCCCUCUCACCACAGCAGCUGCGCGAGUGGCUUGCCCGGCGCACCCACCUUCGGAGUCGCGCAGGAGCUGGAGGCACUGGAGCUGGAGGUGCUGGAGCUGGAGGUCCUGGCGCUGGAGGUCCUGGAGCUGGAGGCACUGGAGCUGGAGGUGCUGGAGCUGGAGGUGCUGGCGCUGGAGGCGCUGGAGCUGGAGGUGCUGGUGCUGGAGGCGCUGGAGCUGGAGGUACUGGAGCUGGAGGUGCUGGAGCUGGAGGCACUGGAGCUGGAGGCGCUGGCACUCGAGGCGCUGGAGCUGGAGAUCCUGACGCUGGAGGUGCUGGAGCUGGAGGCGCUGGAGCUGGAGGCACUGGCGCUGGAGCUACAGGAGCUGGAGGUUGACGCUGGAGGCACUGGAGCUGGAGGCACUGGAGCUGGAGGCACUGGCGCUGAAGCUACAGGAGCUGGAGGUGCUGGCGCUGGAGUCUUUCUUUGUCCGGACUCGCCGCUGCCUGCUCCGUCCGGUUACACUGAGCAGCCGGUCUCCCUUACAGAGCGUCGUGAGCCUGUGUCCCGUCCUGCCUCCCCUGUUCGCCGUGCUCGUCGUGUCCCGCGUCCGUGUCCUCCUCCUGUGACAGGUACUCACACUAUGGCACUUUGUCCUUCCUCUGUUCCACAGCGCGUCCCUCUGCCGUCUCCUCUUGCGUCCUCUCUUCCUGACGUUCUGGACCCUAUGUCUGACUGUGUUCGUGCUGCUAUCCGUACUGUCACCCGUCUCCUGGCUACUGUUGUCACUGACCCGUCGUUUGAGUCUACUGCUGCGUCUGCCUUAGUUGCUGAGCUUGUGGACUUUGCUGCUGUGUGUCGUCUAGACUACGCCGCCAGUCUUGUUGCUGAGUCUGAGUCUGUCUGUUCUCCGUCCGUCGGGGGUGAGUGUGCUCUUGGCACGGACAUCCUUGAGGACAGGCAGAAGGACUUUGUCUCUCUUGCGCCUGCUUUACCUCAUCUCACGGCCUGGCUGCUUGCACCUGAGGGAGACUCGGAUGCACUGGACAUCCCGACCCCGCGCUCUUACGCAGAGGCGAUCACGGGUCCCUACUCCUCUCAGUGGCAGACAGCCAUGGAUGCAGAGAUGGCAUCCUGGAAGUCCACAGGCACCUACGUCGACGCAGUUCCCCCUCCUGGGGCGAACAUUGUCGAUGGCAUGUGGAUUUUCAAGGUGAAGCGGCCGCCGGGUUCUCCGCCUGUCUUCAAGGCGCGUUACGUUGCACGAGGCUUCAGUCAGCGACAGGGAGUUGACUUCUUUCAGACCUUCUCCCCUACCCCGAAGAUGACCACUCUUCGGGUGCUGCUGCACGUUGCCGCUCAGCGUGACUACGAGCUUCACUCUCUUGACUUCAGCACAGCUUUCUUACAGGGCAACCUGCACGAGGAGAUCUGGCUGCGCCGCCCACUUGGCUUCACUGGGUCGUUCCCUCCUGGUACCCAGUGGAGCCUCCAGCGGCCAGUCUACGGUCUCCGCCAGGCACCUCGUGAGUGGCACGACACACUGAGGACUACACUUGCGGCUCUUGGGUUUGCUCCUUCCACUGCUGACCCGUCGCUGUUUCUUUGCACCGACACUUUGCUGCCUCCGUUCUACAUCCUCGUGUACGUCGACGACUUGGUUUUUGCCAUUGCUGACACUAAGGCACUGGCCCUUGUGAAGUCGGAGCUGCAGAAGAGACACACGUGCAUAGACCUGGGUGAGCUGCGCAGCUACCUUGGCUUGCAGAUCUUCCGGGACAGAGCAUGCCGCACCAUCACGCUGACUCAGUCACACAUGGUGCAGCAGGUCCUUCAGCGCUUCGGCUUCUAG